AUGUCGAUAGGCUCGACGCGGGCGCGGCGCCGCGCGGGCGCGGGCGGGGGAACGUCGAACGCGUUCGGGUCGACCGAUCGACGGUGCGGUGGGGUGAAGACGGUGCGUGACGCGUCGUCGAUGACGACUCGGGCGCGAUGUGGCUUAAAUUAA